AAUUUUCAAAUUCAAAAAUUGUAGCACAUUUUAUUUUUGUUGUUCAUCUUUAGAGCGUUAUAAAUAUUACUCCAAUUUUGAUUAUGUUCUACUUAAUAGGCCUCGGUUUAGGUGACGCCAAGGAUAUUACUGUGAAAGGUUUGGAGAUUGUAAAAAAAUGUGAUAAAGUGUUAUUAGAAGGUUAUACUUCGAUACUUACUGUAGGGAAAGAUGUAUUGGAAGAAUUUUACGGGAGAACGUUGAUCAUAGCAGAUAGGGAGUUAUGUGAAAGCAAUAUAGAUGAUACUUUAAAAGAAGCUAAGGAGAAAGACAUCGCGCUCUUAGUUGUGGGAGAUCCCUUAGGAGCAACUACACAUACAGAUAUGUUGCUUCGUGCAAAGGAAUUUGGAGUUGAAACACAAAUUGUGCACAAUGCAUCCAUAAUGAAUGCAGUUAGCUGUUGCGGUUUACAGCUAUACAACUUUGGUGAAACUGUAUCUAUACCUUAUUGGACUGAGACUUGGAAACCAGACAGCUUCUUUGAGAAAAUUCUUGGAAAUUACUCUAGAAACUUGCACACUCUUUGCCUUUUAGAUAUAAAGGUAAAGGAACCAACUGAAGAGUCAUUGACAAAAAAGGUCCGUCAGUAUAUGGACCCUAAAUUCAUGUCAGUCAAAGAAGCUGCCCAGCAAUUAGUGCAGAUAACCGAAAAUCAAACUAACACUGGCAUCAGCAGAAACAGUUUGGCGAUUGGUUUAUCAAGGGUGGGAGCGCCAGAUCAAAAGAUAGCAGCUAUGUCGUUGGAAGAAAUGCAACACCAUGAUCUCGGCGCACCUUUACACAGCCUUGUCAUUCCUGCGGCCGUUUUGCAUCCACUUGAAGUUGAUUACCUCGCUCAGUUUAGAUAACCACAUAAUACACAUACUCCAUUAAAAGAAAAUGUAUUUUUAUUACAUAUUUAUUUGGCUACAAAUGCCAGAAUUAUUCGCGACAACAUAAAUUGUUGAAUAAGAUAUUUAUAAGUUUUAAAUAAACAUUAUUAUGAACUAAUUUAAUUAUAGUUUUAUUAUUUACAAUUAUAAUAGUUAAUUAAAAUCGUGAUAUUAACAAAUUACGAACUGCUACCAUAAGAAAUAACAUUCAAACUCAUUAUUGGUCCUCAAAGCUACCAAAAAAAAAAAAA